AGCAGUCAGGUGGGAGGGCGGUCGCUCUUCCGGUUGCUCUCAUGUCCUGCGCGCCCUCUUCCUUACUCAGUUCUAAAGGCGGCAAACAUAUGCAAUACACCUUCCUUUUUCCACCGUAUUUUCCUCCUAACAACAACCCUGUGAGAAUCACCCUUCUUACAACGAGUCUUAAAUUCUUCUUAAAAUGUCUGUCAAUAGUAAAAUAACUCAACUAAUGAAUAAAGUACCUGGAAAGAAGCGGUUUGGUAUAUACAGAUUUCUUCCUUUCUACUUUGUUCUUGGUGGUGCUAUGGAAUGGUUUAUGAUUAAUGUUUCAGUUGGCAAUCAGACCUUUUAUGACGUUUACCGUAGAAAACAGACUGAGCAAUAUUACCAGAAGUUGGAAGAAAAGUGAAUUCAACACUGAAUUAUCUGUACAUAAUGGAUUCUAAAUUAAUAAAUAAAUCUAAGUUUCAAAGUUUGCUUAAAAUAAGACUGAAUACUGACUUCAUUUUGUUCAGUAAAAUGUAUUUUUUGUUAGUCUUGCCUUGUUUUAAGUAACAAUUAUGUAUUUUGGUGAACUCAAGUGCCAUCAAGUUGGUAUUGACUUAAUUAAGAUCACAUAAAUGAUCUCCAAGUGUAUCUGUCCCUAUCCUGGUUCUUCAGGACUUCCAGUGGUAUACUCUGCUGCUGUAAUUGAGGUACUCAGUCUAGCUGUUUCCAACUCUAGGGGGAGGGACUCAUCUCCGUUUCUUAGCCAAAGAAGCCAGCAUUGUUCGAAGAAAUUUCUGUGGUCAUGUGGCCAGCAUGAUUGUAACUCAGACUUACUCACAUAAUAAGACUGGUUACCUGUUGCAUUUUAGAAAAUGUUGCUCUGUGUUUUAGAAAUUUGUUGUUCCGUGACAUAUUGGUUUAUCAUUUUUUGUAAAUGUACACAAUCACGUUUAUGUAUUGUCUUAUUAAAGUAAAAGGAAUUAU